AUGCUUCCAAGUUUAGCAAAAUAGUAUUCAUUUACUCAAGAAGAAAUAAUUAUGUUGAAAAAUCGUUUUGAUAGACUUUGUGAGAGAGGAAUGAUGACAAAAUAAUAAUUUAGAGAUUCUUUGGGAAUAUUGGGAAUAGAACAAUUUUUAGCAGAAAGAAUAUUUAAUUAAAUUGAUGGAAAUAAAGAUGGAGUAAUAAUGUUUGAAGAUUUUGUUAAAUAUUUGAGUAUGCUUUUAAAUGGUUCUACAAUUGAUAAAGCUUUAUGGAGUUUUGGAAUGUUAUCAAGUAAUUUGAGAAAGCUAAAUAGAUAGAUAAUAAGAGUAUUUUAGAAAUAGAAGAUAUGGAGAAAAUGAUAUUUGAGAUUUGUUACUUAUGGAAUUCAAUUACAGGUUCAAAGUCAAUGCCUAAAAAAGAAUUAGUAUCUGAAAUAUUUAGAAUAUUUGAUAAUGAUGAUGAUGGAAUAGUAUAAUUUGAAGAAUUUAGAGUAGUUUAUUAAGAAGGAGUAGAAUUGAUUGGAUGGUACGAAUUUUUAAACAAUGAAGAUAUGAGCACAAAUAAAAUAAAAGAAGAAUGGGAGAAUGUAACUAAAAAUAAAUCAAGAAAAAAAAGAAUGACAUUAAUAAAUCGUUAAUUAGAUGAAUAAAGUCCAUAAGAUAUAUUGAAUAGUCAAUUAAAAAUAUUACAAUAAGAAUUAGAGGGAUGUAGUGAAUUAAUUAAAUAAGAAAAGGAUAAGGAAUAAUAAUAAAAAUAAAUCAAUUUUUUAGCUUCAUUUUAUUUUGAGGAUAAAUCAUAAAAAACACAUGGUCCAAUAUUUAAUGAUGGUUAAGUUUAGAAAUUGUAUGGAGAUGAUGAUCCUGAAUAAAAUGAAGAACCAUAUUAUAAAUAAUAGAAUAUGACUUCAACUAUUAAUAAUGAUAGAUUCUAAAAUAAUAUUAUGAAUAGAUUAAGAAAUUUAUUAAAAUUAACUGAAGACAUUAAAAAAUUGAAUAGCUAAUAAAUUGUACCUAAAAUUCCAGAAUAAAGUGUUAUAAAAUAGUUUAAAAAAUAAUCUCGAUCACCUUCUCCAAUAUCUAUAAAUUAAACUAUUGAUGAGAUAUAAUAACCAUAAGAAAAUGUUCGAAAAAAUUUAUCUAUUUAUUUUGGACAUGAGAAUUGGAAUUUGGUUUUAAAUAUGAUGCUUGGAAUAAGAAAAGCUAUAAAAUCAUUACAUCCUUUAACUGAUGAUAUUUUAAUUACAGCAGCUCAUUUUGAAGUAAAAAACUAGUUUGAAAUUAUUCCAAAAAGAACUUAAGUAUGAUAUUUUAUUAUUAAGGGAAUUUGAUUGGAAGAAAUCGUGUUAAUUUUAUGAAUAUUCUCCUUUAAUUUUUGAAAGAAUAAGAAAAAUGUAUGGAAUAUCUAAUGAUGAUUUUUUAAGAUCAAUAGGACCUGAAUAAUUAUUAGGAGAUUUAAUCUUUGGUAAUUUAGCAUCAUUAACAGAAAAAGUUUCAAGUGGUAAAAGUGGUAGUUUUUUUUAUUAUUCUUUUGAUGACAAAUAUAUGUUAAAAACUAUCUAAAAAGAUGAAUUUAUCUUCUUUAAAAGUCUAAUUAAAAAUUACUAUUAACAUUUAUUAGAUAAUUAUCAUUCAAUGAUUAUUAAGAUUUUUGGACUUUAUUAAAUUAAAGUUAAUAAAAGUAAAACAAAAUAUUAAAAAAUAUACUUUGUUGUAAUGUUAAAUAUAUUUUAUACUAAUGAGGAUAUAAAUUUUAGAUAUGAUUUAAAAGGUUCUCUAUAUUAGAGAACUUCAAGGAUCAAAGGUUAAUAAUCACUUGAUCAUAAUAUUCCAUUAAAAGAUCUAGAUUGGUUAGAAGAUAAACAAUCAAUAUAAUUUGAUUAAAAAACUUUAGAAAUAUUUAAAACUUAAUUAAUAAAAGAUGUGAAUUUCUUUAAAUAAAAUAAAAUCAUUGAUUAUAGUUUUUUAAUAGGAAUAAUAGAUAAUUAUAAAUUUAGUAAUGAAGAUGUUUAAUUGCAAUGUCGAUUUUAUGAAAGAUGGAAUGGAGGAUGUAUAACUAGGGAUUAAAAUAAAUUAUAUUAUUUUGGUAUUAUAGAUAUUUUUACUGAAUAUAACAAUAAAAAAUAAUUGGAACAUAAAGUGAAAAGUACAUUUGUUAGUAAAGAUGUUUCGUGCAUUCCUCCUGAAAGUUAUGCUGAUAGAUUUAUUAAAUUUAUUUUGCAUUCAUUAAAGUGA